AUGAAGUCGUCAAAUAAGCUCUACUUGCUGACUUUGUCAACAAUAGCUCUUAUCUUAGUUUCAAAGAGUCACAUAACAAAACAAUCGUCAGAGGAGAUGAAGGAGUUGGAGAAGCAACUCAACCAUAUCAAUAAACCCGCAAUCAAAAGUUUCCAAACUGAACAUGGUUAUAUAUUGGAUUGCAUCGACAUCCAAAAGCAGUUAGCCUUUGAUCAUCCUUUGCUAAAGAACCAUUCCAUUCAGUUAAAACCUACAACUAUACCUAAAUGGAUCAUACAUAACAACAAUUCUCAAAACUCUAGUUCUCUCCCAUAUCAACAAGAUGACAUAAAUUGUCCAAUUGGCACAAUCAUUGUCAAAAGGGUUACAAUAGAAGAUCUUAUACAAGCUCAACGUUUAAAAUCUUUAAGACAAUUUUCUUCAAAUAACAAGAAUAUGUAUUUAAGAGAUCAUUUUUUUGCCACAGUUUGGUACGAAGAUAACAAUCAUGGAGCAAAAGGUAACAUUAACAUAUGGAGUCCAAAAGUCUCACAAAAUCAGUUUAGUCUUGCGAGUAUUACUGUCAUAGGCGAUUUAAAAGGGUUACAGAGCAUUUCAGCUGGAUGGAUUGUGCACCCAGAAUUCAAUAUGAAUCACAGUUCUGUAUUCACAUAUUGGACUGCAGAUGACAGUGAUCAGACUGGUUGCUUCAAUUUACAAUGCCCUGGAUUUAUACAUGUGAGCACUAAAUUCGCAGUUGGUGUCCUCGCCCAACCAGUUUCUAUAUAUGGCGGUCAACAAUAUCACCUAGAAGUUAGUAUAUAUCAGGAUCAUCUUACAGGGCACUGGUGGUUUGUGCUACGUGACGAGCCAAUUGGAUAUUGGCCUAGAUCAUUGUUCAAAGCUGAUGGUUUAGCUAAUGGAGCAACUUCGGUGAACUGGGGAGGAGAAAAUUUCUGUUCAGUGAGACAGAGGAGCCCAACCAUGGGAAGUGGACAUUUUCCACAAGAGGGUUAUAAGAAAGCAGCUUAUGUGAAUGAUAUCCAAGUGAUGAUCGAUACUAAAUCAAGACAAGCUUUGAUUCCAACAGCUUCAUCUUUAAAAAUAGAUGAAAGUUAUCCAAGUUGUUACAAGGUUGACAAGAUCAUAGAUGUUGGUGAAUGGUCUAGAGCUAUCUUUUUUGGAGGUCCUGAAGGAUGUAAAAUUUAAUUUACAUGUCUUUAAGAUCUUUAGUAUAUAUGUCCUCUAUUUCAGUUGAAAAAUAAAACUUGAUGUUUAAUCUGAUAAAUUAUAUAUAAUAAGGUUUUUUCACUA